AUGAAGACCCUUUUACCACUGACCUUUCUGUUUUUUAUUAGUUCUUCAGGUUGGGCAAAAGAUAGGCACUACAACAUAGGCAUUAAAGAAACUACUUGGAACUACGCUCCUUCUGGUAAAAAUACGCCCAAUGGAGAGCCUUUUUCAGAAGAUCAAGAGUUUCAGUCCCAAACACAACAACAAGAAGAUCAAGAUAGAAAAAAAUAUGUUUAUAAAAAGGCUUUGUAUUUUCAGUAUACUGACAACACAUUUCAAACAAUCAUUAAAAAACCAUCCUGGUUGGGAUUUUUAGGCCCAAUAAUUAAAGCAGAGACUGGAGAUGUCAUUUAUGUACAUGUAAAAAAUUUUGCUUCAAGACGCUAUAGUUUGCAUCCUCAUGGACUCACCUACAGUAAAGAAAAUGAAGGUGCCCUCUAUCCUGACAAUACUACGGGCCUGCAAAAGGAAGAUGACCACCUGGAGCCAGGGAAACAGUAUACUUACAAGUGGUAUGUAGAUGAGAAUCAGGGGCCUGGCCCCAGUGACAGUAACUGUGUGACAAGGAUUUACCACUCCCAUUUAGACAGUGUAAAAGAUGUGGCUUCGGGACUUGUUGGAGGACUUCUGACUUGUAAAAGAGGGACGUUGAAUGGAGACAUUGAAAAAAAUAUCGACAGGUCCUAUUUUCUAAUGUUUUCUACUACUGAUGAAAAGGAAAGCUGGUAUAUCAAUGAAAAUAUGAAAACGCUGAAUGAAUCUGGCAAAGUUAAUACUAGUGAUUCUCACAUUCUCAUGCACUCAAUAAAUGGAUACAUGUAUGGAAGUCUGCCCAAUCUCACCAUGUGUGUGGAAGACAGGGUCAAAUGGUAUUUUGUUGGCAUGGGUGGUGUAGUUGACGUACACUCCAUCUACCUUCAUGGACAAACUCUGAUCUCUCGGAAUCACAGAAUGGACACCAUAAUGGUCUUCCCUGCCUCACUGGAAGAUGCCUUCAUGGUGGCCAAGAGCCCUGGAGAGUGGGAGCUGGGCUGUCACAUAUAUGACACCAUGAAGGCAUUUUUCAAUGUAAGGAGCUGCCAAAAACCUUCAACAGAUGUUGCCAGGAAACGUGUUAUACAUUACUAUAUUGCUGCUGAGGAAAUUCUCUGGAAUUAUGCUCCAACCGGUAUAAAUUUCUUCACUGAAAAAAAUUUAACAGCAGCUGGAAGUGAAUCCCAGAUAUAUUUCGAACAAACCCCAACCAGAAUUGGAGGAACUUACAAAAAACUAGUUUACCGUGAAUACACAGACGCUUCCUUCCAAACACAGAAGGCAAGAGAAGAACACCUUGGAAUCCUAGGCCCUGUCAUUAAGGCAGAGGUGGGACAGACCCUCAAAGUCACUUUCUACAAUAACGCCUCUCUGCCGCUCAGCAUUCUUCCCCAUGGACUGCGUUACAACAAGAGCAACGAGGGCUCAUUCUACAAAACGCCUGGAGGAGCGUCCUCUAGAAGUACCCCUCCACCCUCCUCACAUGUAAAUCCUGGUGCAACGUUUGUCUAUACAUGGGAAGUUCCAAAAGAUGUGGGUCCUACCUCCACGGACCCCACCUGCUUGACGAGGCUCUACUACUCCUCAGUGAAUGGGACGAAAGACACCAACAGUGGCCUUGUAGGCCCUCUCCUUGUGUGCAGAAAUGGCAGUCUUGGAAAGGAUGGCAAACAGAAAGGAGUAGACAAAGAGUUUUAUCUGCUUGCCACAAUAUUUGAUGAAAAUAAAAGUUAUCUAUUAGAUGAAAAUAUCAGAACAUUUACCACAGAGCCUGAAAACGUGGAUAAAGAGGAUUCAGACUUCCAAAACUCUAACAAGAUGUACUCCAUAAAUGGAUACAUGUAUGGAAAUCUGCCUGGGCUGAAUAUGUGCUUAGGAGACAAAGUUUCCUGGCACGUUCUUAGUGUGGGAUCAGAGGAAGAUUUACAUGGGAUAUAUUUUUCAGGAAAUACCUUCACUUCCUUAGGAGCAAGGAAGGACACUGUAACUGUGUUUCCCCACACCUUUGAGACACUUUUGAUGAUACCUGAUUCCACAGGAACUUUUAAUGUGGUUUGUAUAACAACACAGCACUAUCAAGGAGGCAUGAAACAUAAAUACCAUGUGAGGCAGUGUUCCAAGCCAAACCCUGAUCAAACACAAUACCAGAAGGAGAAAAAGAUUUACAUCGCAGCUGAGGAAGUUGUAUGGGAUUAUUCUCCUAGCAGGAAGUGGGAGACAGAAUUACACCGCUUGCAAGAAGAGAAUGUAACAGACAUAUAUUUGGAUAAAACUGGAUCAUUUCUUGGGUCCAAAUACAAGAAAGUUGUAUAUGUUCAAUAUGAUGAUAUUACAUUCACAAAUCCAACCAAAAGAAAUGAAGAUGAAAAACAUCUGGAUAUAUUAGGUCCAUUAAUAUUUCUCAAUCCUGGUCAAAAACUUCACGUUAUCUUUAAAAAUAAAGCCUCAAGACCAUUUUCCAUUCAUGCUCAUGGAGUGAAAACAGACUCUGCCGAUGUCGUUGCAACACAGCCAGGAAAAAUUCAAACCUAUACCUGGCAGAUCCCUGACAGGAGUGGUCCUACUUCAAAGAACUUUGAGUGCAUACCUUGGUUUUACUAUUCAACUGUGGAUGUGGUUAAGGAUCUUAACAGUGGACUGGUGGGGCCCCUGAUCAUAUGUCGCAAAAACACCAAAACCAGCAUCGUUCACCGUGUUCUCCUCUUCAUGAUUUUUGAUGAGAACACAUCCUGGUACUUUGAAGAAAAUAUCAAGACCUAUUCCUUAGAACCAGACAAGGUGGACAGGAACAAAGACAGUUUUAACUUAAGCAACCAAAUGCACGCAAUUAACGGAAGAAUGUUUGGAAAUAACCAAGGUCUGACGUUUCACGUUGGGGAUGAAGUGAACUGGUAUCUGAUCGGCAUGGGGAGUGUAUUUGACCUGCACACAGUUCACUUUCAUGGUCACAGCUACACAUACACGGAUUCGGGACUGUAUCGAUCUGAUGUUUAUAACCUUCCUCCUGGGGUCUAUCAAACUGUAAAGAUGUAUCCAAGAGAUGUUGGAACCUGGUUAUUUCACUGCCAUGUUGGUGAACAUAUUCUGGGUGGAAUGGAAAGCACUUACACUGUACUUAAAAGAAAAGCAUAAAUAUCUUUCUGAUAUGAAUAUUGACAAGCCCAUGAGCAGAGGCAAAGCUGCCAGAGAAGGAAAACUCCAGGGUCAAAGGAGUACAGGAG